GCAGAAUGAGUGAGCGCUUAAUGAAGUUAACCUUUGGAAGAAUGAGGCCAUGCGGCCUGGGAAUAAGCGUGGCAGCGUGGCUUUGAACACUCCUGACGUUGCGAAUCGGGGUACGCCCAAGGCUCGUUGGACGGACCUGGGACAGGACGGCACCGAUAAAUGGAAGAGUGAGUAUCGCAAGUUACAAGAACUUAGGCGCGCUGAUUUUGCAGAAGUAGAGGCUAUGAAGAAGAAGCAUGCGUUGGCGGCGUCUGAGGUUUUGAGCUUGCAGAAGAAGAUGAGCGAGUUGUCUGUCGAAGAUCGUGGCGCAGACAAAACUGGAGGAGGCACUAAUCUGAAAGACAAGAUGGAAGCAGCAGCACUUCGUUCGGCCCGGAAAGGGAAGAAGGCCACGCCGAAUCGUGAUGCUGUUAAGAAAACUACGGAUCGUGCCUCCUUUAUUGAAGAACAAAAGAAACAGCUAAGGCUAAUUCGUAAAUUUGGCCUUGAAGCGUUGUGCAAGGAUAUUGGACUUAACACGGGCAAGGUGGAUCCGAUGAUCGAUGCUAUCGCUGAGCAUCGUGCCAUGCAGGCGUUUGGAAGUUUUGCGCGACGAAAUAUUGAUACGGUAGACCUUGAAUCGGAAUCAACCCAGGAGAUCGAUACCUCUAAAGAGGUCGAUGCCCAAGGAGGGGAAGGAGGAAGCAGAGGAGAAAAGGAAGGAGGAGGGGAAGAAGGAGAAGAAGGAGAAGAAGAAGAGGGACAAGGUGAUGAUAGAGGAGAAGGGGAGAAAGGAGGGAGACGAAGAGGAGGAGAAAAGGAGAGGGAAGAGAAGGAAGAGGAAGAGGAAGAGGAGGAGAACAAGAGCAGAUGCUUUCAUGUCAUGUAAGGAACAAUGGAGAGGUAGCACGCCUCAGAAGAAUGCAUGGAGACAACAAAGGAGGGGGAAGAGGAGAAGGAAGAGGAAGAGGCGGAGAACAAAAGCAAGAUGCUUUC